GUCUUGGCAGACGCAUCUAUCCAAAGCCUCUAAUGAACUGGCACAUGGUGCGUUGCAUCAUGUUAUCUGCGCGACUUUAAGCAUCCUUGCAACGCUGGCGCGUUAACAUGACCCAACGAUAGCGCUUUUAGAUGCUGACGGAAAGAUGAAUCUCAUACAGCCUGCAGCGAUUAAGGCAAUCGCACUGAGCGUAGACGUCACACACUUGACCGAUGAGGCUGCCAAGGCCCUUGCUCCCGACGUGGAGUACCGGCUACGGGAAGUCAUCCAGGAUGCACUCAAGUUUGCCAGGCACAGCAAGCGGACAAAGCUAACAACACAGGAUGUUAACAAUGCAAUGCGCUUGCGUAACAUUGAGCCCAUGUACGGCUUCCUGGGGAAUAACGACCCCGCCAAGUUCGUACGGGCGACCGGUCACCCGGACGUGUACUUUGUCCGGGAUGCCACGGUGCCUCUAGAGCAGAUUACAUGCUCCGCGCUUCCCAAGGCGCCCAACCACACCACCGUUAUGCCCCACUGGCUCUUCAUUGAUGGGGUGCAGCCGCAAACGGAGGAAAACGCGGCAGUAGACCGACCACAGCCGGCACCCAAGCGCCAGCGCCUGGCAUCCACCGGGGCAGCCGGCGGGGCGGCGGCUGCGGGCGCGUCAGCAGCAGGGGCGGCUGCUGCGGGGGCCGGCAGGGGGCAGGCAGCGGAGCAGGGCCCCGGAGGGAGAAGAAGAGGAGACGGCACUGCAGCAGCAGCAGCGGGCGGGGUCGCGUCACCCGCAUCCCCAGGUGGCGGAGGUGGUGGUGCAGGUGGCGAGGGCGGCGGGCUGGUGGGGUCGGGUGGCGGCGAGCGGGUGCUGCUGCCGGUGCAGCACAUCCUGUCGGACGAAAUGCAGCGGCUGCUGGACCAGAUAAAGCAGGUGCUGGGCACCGUCUGCAGCGCCGCUCCCCCUCCCUCCACCGCUGCUGCGGGUGGCCAGCCGUGCUCCCUGUGGGGCACCCUGGAUGACCCCGCCACCGCUGCUGCUGCUGCCGCUGCUGCGGGUGGCGGCGCCUCCUCUUCCUCCCUGUCGCUGCUGCUGCCCCCCUCGGAGCUGGUGCUCACACCCAUGCAGCGGGCGGUGCUGGUGACCAUGCAAUCCGACCCAGGCAUGCAGCAGCUGCUGCCCUACCUGGUCAAACACGUGGCGGACGAGGUGGCGGGCGGGCUGAGGCAGCUGCCGCGGCUGCACCUCGUCAUACGCGUCAUGCAGGCUCUGCUGCUCAACCCGCACGUGCAGUUGGAGCCCUACCUGCACCAGCUCAUGCCGCCGCUGCUCACCAGCCUCAUGGCCAAGAGCCUGGGACCCGGCCCCGCAGCAGACCACUGGGCGCUGCGGGACGCGGCGGCGGCGCUGCUGACGCGGCUGUGCGGCCGGUUCGGGGAGCCCUUCUACAGUCUGCAGGUCAAGAUCUCCAAGCAGCUCCUGCGCACCAUGCUGGAUGGCUCCAAGCCCCUCACCAGCCACUACGGCGCAGUAGCAGGACUGGCAGCCAUGGGCCACAGCACCGUACGGCUGCUACUGCUGCCGCAGCUAGAGCCGUACCUAGCCAAGCUACAGCCGGCGCUCAAUGCUCGCAAAGAGGGUGUACGGCAGUACGAGGCGACUAAAGUGUACGGCGCUUUGCUGAGGGCGGCGGGUGCAGCGAUGUACGACAAGUUGGUUGGUACGGCGGCGGAUGGGUUGUUGCCGGUGCACCUGUUUCGGGCGGCGGCGAGGUCCCGUCGUGCCACCGUUCUGGCCCUUCAAGGAUUCACCUCGCCGGGGCCCAUCGUAGCCGCCGCAGCGCCCACCUCGCCUUCCUCGCCCGCCCCAUCCAACGCCAACGCAGCUGCCACCCACAAGCCCUCCAACCCCACCCCCACCCCCGCCAACGUCGCCACCAAUGACACCCCACAGCACAGUAAAAGCCCAACAGCAGAAGCCAGCAACAGCAACCCCUUGUCCCAAGCCCCCAACGCCGCGUCUGCCGCCUCCACAAAUGCUGCACGGCUUGAAGUGCUGUGGCAACAGACCACUCGCGACAACCCCGCCCUGCGCAACAUCUUUGACGCAAUCGUGUCAAACCCCUCCGCGCCCACCUCCCUCUCCCAGCUUGCCAACCUACGAGGCAUCGCAGCCGACCCCGCUAACGCGCUACGGGAAACUGCGCUGGCCGCGCUGCACCAGCUUGCAAGGCUAGGCAUUGUGCAGCCGCCUCCACUCUUGCAGCAGCAGCGGCAGCAGCCCCAGAAGCAGCAGCAGCCGGGAGCAGGGGCGGCAGCGGGAGGGGCGGGGGGAGCGGUUUUAAAUGGCAGUGGGGCGCCGCCGUCUGCAAAAGGGGAUGGUGUGGAGAUGAGGAUGCAUGCAUCAGCGGAGGCCGCGGUUGGGGGGGAAGCAACCGGGCGACAAGCGGCCGGAGGGGAAGCGGCCGGAGGGGGCGUUGUGGGCGGUGCGGCAUUGCAAGGAAAGCAGCUGCAGCCGGGCGCCGAGGCGGCUCCGCUGUCCUCCCUGUCCGGACGCUCCCCCCGCGCCAUCCUGGCAGAGAGCUGGCGCGAGGACGCGGACUUGGGGGAGGUGGUGUGGGCGCUGGUGGCGGUGUUCGGGCCGCCCUUCCUGGCGUGGCUGCCGCAGCCGCAGCUGCUGCCAGCCAUGCUGAUAUGAGCAGGAGGAGUGCGACA